UAACACCUGUGCCGGCGUCGCGACGCCGCUCCAAAACGUCCCAACGUAACGAUGUGAUAGUUAAACCUGCAUGAACCUAUAAAAUCGAUGCAAGAAAUUAUUUUUACAUAGAAACGUACCACACAAAGAGUUUAUUUUUAGCUCAAUUCUUCAGUAAUUAGUCUAGCGAAUAGAGCAUUGUAGGCAAUACUAGGUCAGAAAAUGGAAGCCUGAUCGAAACCGACUGAUUAAUAGACUGGACAUGUCUUUCUGAGCAAAUUGGAUUUGCUGCCCCCAUGACCGAUAUAGAGAUGCCUCCGGUGAUUUCCAUGUCUUCGGAUGAAGUCGACGACGAUGUAGCAUUCAAGGUCCUCAACCAAGACAACUUGCCCAUCACCAUCAUAGGCGAAGCCAUCUUGAAACCCUUCGGGCGCGAAAACCAGAAACAAAAACCCAACGGAAUCGUGUACCCAACCAGACGCCUGGACACCAACCUCGAAGACAACAAACAGAAACCCUUCACCAGAAGCAACGGCUACAUCAACACCACCCAGGACAAGAACAACUACAACCUAAAGAAAAACUUCAGCGUUUCCCAUGGCAACUUGACUAGCGCCACCAAAACGAAGCCGCAGGAGCAGAUUGAUGCCAAGUUCACGAAGACUCUGGACGCCAAGUUGAGGAAGCUCCAGAAGGAGACGAAGAAGGCGCCCAGCCAUGAGGCGGGCAAGAAGCCCUUCGUGACGACGGUGAAGAAGGGGCAGUUCCUGGAGCCGCCCCCGGAGAUCGCCACUCUGAUCGGGAUCAAGGUGGAGGAGCCGAAGGUGAAAGAGGUGAAGAAGCUGUAUGCUUACGCCAGCGAGCCGAGGGUGCUGAACAGGACGCCGGCGAGGAACGCGCACAAGACGAGGUGCGAGGCGGCAGCCAAGGCGGCGGCGUGCGUCGUUUCGGCGGUGGCAGGGAUGCACACUGAUAAUGUGGAUGUUAACAGCAAUGUCAGCAAACGAGCGACAGAUGUGCCUUUGCCCUAUGCGAACCUCAUGUUCGAAAAGAGAAUUUGUAGAGGGACUAACUUCGCGCCCACGCUGUCUGGACACAUGCCGAAAUGGAAUCCGAAUUUCGCAUACGCUAAACUUCUGUCGUCGGAUCAGGGGGACGGCGAGUCAGCGGCGGCUCGGGCGGCGGAAGCGAGGCGGCGAGCCCUCGCCCGCAGGAAAGCCAAGAACCAACAAGUCAGAGCCGCCCAACUGCGUCUCGGGUCGCCGCCCCCGGUGCCAGGGAGAAAACACGAACCGGUCCAGACGGAACAGUACCUGGAGGAGAUCUUCGAGAAUCCGCCGACGUCGGAUAUCUGCACGCAGACGGAACUGCUGUACGAGCGGCCUCUGUCUCCUUAUUACGUCCCUGCAAAAAUCGGAAUCGAUGCGACGACGCAGAUUGAUCCAGGGGAUCUCUUCGACUUCGACAUGGAAGUAACGCCGAUCCUGGAAGUCCUCGUCGGGAAGACGAUCGAACAAGCCUUGAUCGAAGUGUUGGAAGAAGAAGAAUUGGCGGCUUUGAGGGAACAGCAGAGGCGGUUCUUGGAGAUCAGGUCUGUGGAGACAGCUGAGACGCAGCGGCUGGAAGAACGGGAAAAGCGAUUGGAGAAGGAGAAGGAGAGGAGAAUGAAAGAGUACGAAGAAGGAGUGAGGUUGCAGAAAGAAAUGGAAGAAAGAAUAGCGGCGUCCGUUUUGAUGCAGGGUUAUAUUGCCGAUUUGCUUCCGUCCGUUUUGGAGGGACUGGAGGACGAAGGGUUCCUUGUGUGCAACAUCAGACAAGAUGUUGACGAGUCGUUCAUGCCGUGGUUGAUGAAGGAGGUCACGCACGAGCUGAAGGAGAUCGUGAGCAGCAGGGACGUACUUACAGACAUCGUCCGCGAAAUCCUCGAAAACCGAGCCGAAAUCUACAAAGCCCUGAACAAGACCCCGCGUUCUCCACCCAGCGAAGAAGAAGAAGGCCCAACCCAAGGAGAUAUUUUCCUCGCCGACCAUCUCAAACUACAAAAAGAAAUAUCCGAACAAGUGGCUGCUGAACAACAACAACAACAACAACAACAACAACAGCAGCAACAACAACAACCACCACAACAGUGACAAUCCAAAACUAAUUAACGGAAUGCCGGGGGUAGUUUGGAGGUCGGAUGAAGUUUCAAUUUUUGGAUUUAUUAGAUGCACACUUUACACUUAUUGUUUUACUACUGUAUAAAUACUAUUGUACAUGUUGGAGAUCAAUAAAUCUAUUGUUUAUUA